GCGGGGAAUGGAAACGGCCUGGGGCAGCGCUGUGCCUGGGCGCCCGAACUUUUCUGGCAUGCGCGGGCCGGCUCCAGUCGUGAACAGGAGCCAGAGUAGGAUCCUUUCGUCCUGCCCGUUCUGGUCUUCACUUUACUUGGGCGCCUGGGCAGGGCAUAUGGUCGGGGCUUAUGGCGCAACCGCAUUCGGUGCGCACCCGCAAGCUGACCCGCAUCUUGCUGGGUGCCCCAGUUAGUGGCUGAGUGGCUUGUUUGUCUGAGAACUUGUCCCCCACUCCGGGGCCCCAGAGUGGCCGUGCUGCAAGUGAGAUGGAGGCUGUCAUGGUCCUCAGCUGUUGGGGAGAGGGAGGGAGGGAGGCAGUCAGGGGCUUGGGACCCCACUCGGACUGUUCGAGCUUGUCCUGGCGUCUCCAGACCGCGCAAAGACAGGUGAUGAGGAUCUAAGGUCCCAGAAGCUAGGGUUUCCCCUCAGCCCUUGAGUGGCCAUGUCCAAUCCCACUGCCCCACCUCCCUAUGAGGACCACAACCCCCUGUACCCUGGCCGUCCACCUCCUGGGGGCUACGGACAGCCGUCUGUCCUGCCUGGUGGUUACCCUGCCUACCCCGCCUACCCUCAACCUGGUUACGGGCACCCUGCUGGCUACCCACAGCCGAUUCCUCCUGUCCAUCCAAUGCCCAUGAACUACGGCCAUGACUAUAGUGAGGAGGAGAGAGCAGGAAGUGACAGCUUUGGUCCUGGAGAAUGGGAUGACCGGAAAGUCCGACAUACCUUCAUCCAAAAGGUGUACUGCAUCAUUUCUGUCCAGCUGCUCAUCACUGUGGCCAUCAUUGCUGUCUUCACCUUUGUGGAACCAGUCAGUGAAUAUGUGAGGAGCAAUGUGGCGGUGUACUACGUGUCCUAUGCUGUCUUCAUUGUCACCUACCUGAUCCUUGUCUGCUGCCAGGGACCCAGACGCCGAUUCCCAUGGAACAUCAUCCUGCUAACCAUCUUUACUUUGGCUUUGGGCUUUAUGACAGGCGCUAUUUCCAGUAUGUAUGAAACCAAAGCUGUCAUCAUUGCUAUGAUCAUCACUGCCGUGGUAUCCAUUGCUGUCACCAUCUUCUGCUUUCAGACUAAGGUGGACUUCACCUCAUGUACAGGCCUCAUCUGUGUGCUGGGAAUAGUGUUGGCAGUAACCGGUGCUGUCACAAGCGUAGUGCUGUUUUUUGAAUAUAUUUACUGGCUCCACAUGGUCUACGCAGGUCUGGGGGCCAUCUGUUUCACCCUGUUCCUGGCUUAUGACACGCAGCUGGUCCUGGGGAACCGGAAGCAUACCAUCAGCCCAGAGGACUACAUCACAGGCGCCCUGCAGAUCUACACAGAUAUAGUCUACAUCUUCACCUUUGUGCUCCAGCUUGUAGGAAAUCGAGACUGAGACAGAGAGGGAGAGAGAUGUCCCUUUCACUGGCCUGGGACUCACCUUGUCUCCCCUCAAGUAAUCUGCUCAGUUUCCUCUCCGUCCUGGGGAUGAGAGGGUCUCUGGCUGUGUUCUGUGAGAGCCAUGAGUGCUGGGGUUACUGGCACCUCUUGCCCUUGGUGGGCUUGAUAAGAACUAGACUGAAGGUGUUUCUCCUUCCCUUCACCCACAAUGAGUAUGCACCAAACUUUUCAUGUGUGUGUGUGUGUGGAGGGGGAGUAGGGAGCCGGUGAACACAGGAGCUCUGAGGUGAAGAGGGUCCUCUCCCACCUCGGCCACAGGGUUCUAGGCUAGGAGCUGGAGCUGUUUCCCUCCUGGAUCCAAUAAAGCCAGAUGCUUCACCUCUAGCUCCAGUGUUCAUAGGCCACUUAUGCUGUCUGAACUCUUUCGGCUUGGCAUCUCUUAGCUUUAGAAGCUAGAAGAGAUCUGUGCCCUGGGGUCUCUCUGUUCCAACCCCAUCUUCCAGUAACAUGUAUCCAUUAUUUAUCUGGGCUAGGGGAAAAGACAGUGAGCAAAGUUCAUUCAGUAUGGGGGGAGGGUAGCACAGAAUGGUGUCCCCCUGACUGGCACCCAUCUUGGCUACCAUCCAGGUCCAAAGUGCUUGAGGCCUUCUGAGGCUUUUAAAAUCUGACCUA